AUGCCCGUCACCGAAUUCGCCCUCUUCACCCUCCGCGACAGCUACGAUGCCGUCGAGCUGCUCGAGACCAUCAUCGAGUGCCAGGAGAUCCAGGACGAAUGGGUCCGCGCCCACCACCCCAAUGAAUGCGCCAAAAAGGCCUCGGUCAGCCGCAUGUACACCGACGUGACCGAGCCCGCCCGCCACCGCAUCGCCAUCACCGCGCCCUGGCAGUCGCCCGCCGCCCACCUCGCAUGGGUCGACACCCCCGCCAACAAGGCCGUCAUGGCCAAGUUUGCCGCCUUUCUCCCCGACGACGCCAUCCCAGACCACCGCGCCGUCGACAUUCGCGACCCCGCGCCCGGCGCCGCCGAGAACCGCGGCUUCCUCUUCUUCCACAUGGAGGCCGCCGCCGCCGCCGCCGCCACCGCUGACUGCCGCCGCGCCCACCUCCACGAGGCCUUUUCCCCAAAGGAACCGCUCGUGGUGACGAGGCUGGCCGCGCAGGGCGCCGCGGGGCGCGAGCAGCUGCAGGCGCGGUACGAGGAGCUCGAGAAGGCGCUGGUCGCCGAGACGCCCAAGGACAGGAUCUGGGCGGGCUGGCGCAUCGAAAAGGACGACAGCGGCCAGGAGGAGCUCGUCGUCUUUCGCAGCGCCGAUAUGCACGCCGACAAGCUGGCGCCGCUCAAGCAGUACGGCAAGCCUAUAGGCCGCGAGCUGCACAUUUCCGAGAUUGCGCCCUAG